AUGUCGGUUGAUAAUUUCAAGACAAACAUCUACGAGUAUCUUGAGACCUUACCGACGUUUACGUUCAUGCGUCUGUUUGAGAAACCAGCAACAUGCUUGGCCAUUUUUAGACUCUUGCCAAGCUUAGGAAGACAGAUUGUCAUGUCGCUGCUGUACGUACAAGCACCCAUGCCAUUGAAUGAUCUGCACACAUGGGUCAAUAAAGACGGGCAAAAGAAGCUUCAAGAGUCAUUGCUCAAGCUAUCAAGACUUCGCAUUCUCGAGCAAAACGACACCAAUCUAAUGAUGAACAAUACGUUUCGAAUCGAGUUCCAGAAUGCAUUGACUGGAGGAGGAGUACAGCAGUCGUUUGGUUUACCUUGUUCGACGCCAGAUAAGCAUGCAGUGGAUAUUGGAUUUCUGGACCAUUAUGCGACAACACAAUGGGAGGCCAUUCUGCAUUAUAUGGUAGGCACUUCGCUGACGAAAAAGCCUAGUCGUGGUGUGUUGAAUCUGUUGGAGAGAAGCAAAUUGAUGCAGAGCAGUUCUGAGACAGGCCAGCUACAGAUCACAAACAAAGGCUUCCAAUUUUUACUUCAAGAUGUCAAUACACAAGUGUGGGCAUUUUUGCUGCAGUAUUUAGAUAUGGCAGAGGUUCUGCAAAUGGAUUUAGUAGAAGUGCUGAAUUUCUUGUUUCAGCUUGGAUCAUUAGAAUUGGGAGAGAACUACUCGGUUGAGACCUUGACACAAACUCAACUUCAAAUGCUAGAGGAUUUACGUGAUUACGGCAUUGUAUACCAGAGAAAGAAGGCAUCAAAACGAUACUACCCUACUCGAUUAGCCACUACAUUGACAUCCGGGAACGCUGCGUUGGCGGGAGCAGCAAGUAAACCGAGUACGACAGAUGGGGCUACUAAUACAGCUGAGGCCAAAACGGCCACAGAGCAAAUCGAUCAAGGGUUUGUCAUUCUGGAAACCAAUUACAAACUAUACGCAUAUACAGAUUCACCACUUCAAAUUGCCGUGCUGAAUUUGUUUGUGCAACUGCAAUCUCGAUUUAGAAACAUGGUGACAGGAGUUAUCACAAGAGACAGCAUUCGCAAUGCGUUAAUGAAGGGCAUCACUGCUGAACAGAUUAUUUACUAUAUGCAAUCUCAUGCUCACGUUCAAAUGAGAAAAAAGAUACCUGUGUUGCCCUUGACUGUCAUAGAUCAAAUUAGACUGUGGGAAAUGGAGAGAAACAGACUGAAGCCUACUCCUUCGUAUCUGUAUCACGAAUUCAAUGUGCAAGCCGAUUUUGAUGCAGCAGAGAAGUAUGCAAAAGAUUUGGGUGUAUUACUGUGGUCAAGCUCGCAAAAGCGCACCAUGAUCAUCUCAGAAGCUGGCCACGAUAAUGUCAAGGGCUUUGUCAAGAGAAGAUUACAAAGAAACUAA